CGCCGCAAGGGGAAGUGUCGUCGAUCCCCGUAAACGUUACUACUUUUUUCGAAGUUCUUAACACAGUUUUUGUUUUAAAGUUUAACAAGGAAGUUUUAUGUGGCCGGUCUUUUAUCCUGUCGAGCUGGAAGGUUAAGAGACAGCGCUCGGCAGUGUAGUUUAUUGAGUUUAUACGUUGGUUGUGUUUUUUCUGUUAUUGUUGUUUUUUUUUGUUUGGUGCAUCGUGCCGGCCCGGAGACCCAACGGUCCCAAAGAGGCUGCAAGCCUGGACGCGCGGCCAACAGACUCCAAAGGACAAAGCCUUUAGGGCGUGUAAUUGUGGUGGUCGGCGCGAGCGGUCCCCGCUCCAACCGUCAAGCUGGCAGCGAGCGCGUUAAGCAUGAACGCUCACUACCACGGGUAUGCCGAGCUCAGCUCGCCGCACCCGCCGUCUCCCGAGGCGGCCUUCGCGGCUAACGGCCACGACUACCCUCACAACAACAAUAAUCCCGCGCUCAAAGAAUGCGCCGGCUGCGGCGGCAAAAUCGUCGAGAGGUUCCUUCUACACGCGCUAGACAGAUACUGGCAUCAUGGCUGCCUGAAGUGCACGUGCUGUGGCCAAGCCCUAGCGGACAUGGGCAGAUCCUUCUACUUCAAAGGUGGCAUGAUCCUGUGCAAAAGCGACUACACAAGAAUGUUCGGUUCAGGCGGCGCGUGCGCAGCGUGCGGGCAGGCCAUCCCCGCGAGCGAGUUCGUGAUGCGGACGAACGCGCCGCAGCAGCCCCUACACGUCUUCCACAUAAAAUGCUUCGCGUGCUCCAAGUGCGGCUCACACCUAAUGCAGGGCGAUAGGUAUUACAUGCUCGCGGGCUCCCUCGUCUGCGAGCAGGACUGGCAGAAGCUGAUGAAGAGCGCGAACGCAGGCAGCGGGCCCGCGGCGCCGGUGCGCAAGGGCAAGGUCGGCCGCCCGCGCCGCUCGCGAGAAUGAGCGCCGCCGGGCCCUGUGCCCGCGCAUCACUCGCAUAGGGACUACGAGGAGAUGAUGGCGUGUUCGUAUCUCAGCGCUGGGAUGAAGACUGAGGCCAGUGCUGCGUGCUGGACCCCGCCCAACGUGGGUCCGCUGGCUGAUAUACAGGGGCCUUCGGGGCUGCCGGCGCCUGUUUUCUUGCGGCCGCCGGCGAUGCUAGGGGUCCUGCCCCCGCUGCCCGGCCCGCUGCCUGGCCCGCCGCACGAGCCGGCCCUGGACCUCACCACGACGCCAUCCCUCAAGGCCCGGCUGCCGUCCUCACCUAGUGACGACGACACGGAGUGACAGUGUUGUGCCAGAGACAACUGAACUUUACCGAUCGCGAAAUUAUUACACAUUUUACAGUAAUAAUUUUAACGUCAGUGAACUGUUAAGUUAUACCUUAGUACCUACGACAUAUUUAAUUUCGGUUGUGAAAAUGGCAAUUCUGUAAUACUUAACUCGCUCUAUGUAAAUUUCCAUUAAACUACUGGUACUUAAGAGUUAAACAGAAUGAGAUGUGUUAAACACAAGGGAGUUGUAUUUAUAUGAAAUGAUGAAGUGUGUGUAAGUGUGAGGAAAUGACAUAUCUUAUGUAGGUGUGGAGGCAUUUUAUCUUCUUAUUGAAAUUAAGAUCAGUUGUGUUAAAAUCUCACGAGUUGUGACCUCCAUAAGGCGAGGAGGAAGGCGUAUUUAGAUUUCUCCGAUUAUGACCAUAUAAAUAGCACAUAUUAAAUGCCAAUUUAAAGAAGAACAAAUCAUAAAUGCUAUUUGAUAUUUUCUUUUGCCUCCUCAUUCGACCUAGAGAUUGUAACUAUCGUCUAUUUUCUUUUCAACAGUUUUUCUUUCUCGACAACCAGCAAGAGACCUUAUACUGGUCUUCUUACUCUUGGUUUUAUUUUAAUUUAUUUAAGCAUCGUAAUUUGGAACACCUAACCUGAAGAUAAAGUGUCACAACUCAAAAUUUCAACUAAUAUUUAAGUAACAUUUGUGUAAAAAUGCCGUUUCAUUUGGCUAAAUGGGUUAAGAAUCUGAAAUAUGGAAAAAAUAUAUAUUAUUUUUUAUUAUUUCAUUUGACACUGAAUCAGAGAAGGUGCAGU